AAAUUAAGAAGGAGAGAAAAUCAAUUUCUACAUUACUAUAAAUGGAUUUGAAAAACAAAUUCAUGUGGGUAUUCCUAAUUGUCGCAUUUUUAACAUUUAAGUCAUCAGAUGGAGAUGGAAUUAGAUUACCAGAUCAAACACAAGAACAUAAUCAGCAACAGCAGCAACAACAACUGCAACAACAACAACUGCAACAACAACAACUUCAACAACAACAACAGCAAUCACAAAUAUUUUUACAACAACAAAAUAAUGGAAUUCAACAGCAAGAACUUGGAAUAACACCACCAUCAGUUGUUAUUGGUGAAGGUCGUCGACAAGGCAAAAAUUUAUUAGAUCUUGUUGGAUUAGGUACAGGACCAAACGUUGAUCCAUAUGUUGCUAAAACAAAUGGAAAUUGUUUAAAUGGCGAUCUAUCAGAAUGCUUUAAAAGUCAUGCCUUAAGCAAUUUUGAUCAAAUAUUCUUUAGAGAUUCAUACAAAUUAACUGAAUUUGCUAGAGUUGUUAGAUCAUCAGAAAGUGAACAACGUGCCUUAUUUUCGGAACCAUAUGAAUUUUCAAUAGAACCAAGAGCUACAGAUACAGAAUGGGAUCAAUUAGUUAAAUAUGCGUUGAGACGAGCUGAGAAAUUUAUUAAAUCAGCUGCUUUAGAAAUCGAUAUACCACAAGAUAUAUUAGCAGAAGGACGUUUUGCACCAAGAUUUAUUGAUGAUAUUGCCGGUGAAAUUGAUGUCAUUGAAGAUAAACAUGCUCCAUCAUUCAAACGUCAUCGUCUCAAAAAAUUAUUUAUACCACUUUUACUUGUUUUAAAAAUUUUCAAACUAAAACUUUUAUUAUUUUUACCAUUCAUUUUGGGUUUGGUUGGUUUAAAGAAAGUUUUAAGUAUUGCUGCAAUUAUUUUACCUGGAUUAUUUGCAUAUUUAAAAUUCUGUGCACCACAAAAUGGUUUUAAUAACGGUGGUAAUAGUAUAUUUGGUGGAAAUAAUUUUGGUGGAUUAUUUUCAUCAGCACCAUCAAUUCAUCCAUUUCAAGAAUAUUCAUCACAAGGUUUAGGUGGUGCUAGUUAUCAUCAUUCACAUUAUCAUAGUGGUUUUCAUGGAAAUCCUUAUAGUACAUAUAAAGAAGAACCAACAUUCUUUUCAAAACCUUAUACUGAAUAUUAUAGUAAAAAUGCUAAUAUUAAUCAACAACAACAGCAACAUCAACAAAAUGGUGGUUUUGUUGUAAGUAAUAAUAUUAAUAAUAAUAAUUUAAAUGCUGGCGGUGGUGUACGUUUUGGUGAUGAUAAUGCUGUUCAUGCACAAGAUAUAGCUUAUCAAGGUUACACCGAGUUCAGAAAUAAUAAAAAGGAAGUCCGUUAAUAAAUAAAAUAAUUAAAUAGAAUCAAUAACAGAAAUGAUAAUGUAAAAUAGAUAGGAAUUUUUUUUUUUUUACUGUUAUGCUUGU